GUUACUUCCUUUAUUUCAUGUCAGUUUCUCGUUUCCUUAUCUUCUCACGUACGCCGGUCCACUAAGUAUUAGUAAAAUACUUUGUGGAACAGCUUUUAUUCGUCUAGAUGUUGUCAACAGACGAGGAGGAUAAUUCACCGCUCAUUCAGAGGACUGAAAGUAUGGUUUUCUCUCUCUCUUAUUUUUGCAAUCACGAUGAGCUUUACUAAGUUGCACUAACCUGAUUAACUUAGAUUUUACCAAGACCCAGUCAAAAUUGAAUUGCGACUAAAAAGUUUUUUUUCAUGGUUUGUAUUCUGUCAAGUAAUUUUUUAAUUAAUGUUAUAAUUUAUAGCAGUCAAUGCGUCCAAAUAGAAAGCGACAUUUGAUAUUAUUUAUUUUGCUUGAAAUUUCAACCGGCCUGGAAGACCUACUCUGUACUGUCAGUGACAUAUAGAUGGUAUCCUUUUUUUCAUUUCCUGUUUAUUUUAAUCUUUGUUAACAACUUUCUUCUGCCCUGACCUAUGUCUUAUGUCCUUUCUGUAAUCCACCCAUUCCCACAAAUCCUUUUUCUGAGAAGGGAACGACAGUGCAGUAUUUAUUAUUCCAUUAGUCUUGCUUAAUUGGUAUUUAAUCUGUCAAUCUAUUUUUUUGACAACCAGAUAUUAAAUUAGUAGCUAAAUGCAUGAAGCCAUCUUAACAUGCCCUUUUCAGAGGAUUGUAUUAAAUGUACACAGUCUGCACCACUAUAAUUUAGGGCAUCUUGCUUAUGCCUCUCGAAGAGACCAAAGUUAAUGUUGAGUUAAUUAUAAAAGCUAAUUAAGGCUAAUCAGUGCUGCAUUUAUUAACAAUUUCUCUCAGUAUGCACAAUAAUAUAAGACAGUCUAAUCUUUUGGGCUCAAACCUUAAAGCAAACCUUAGAGGUAUGAAACUGCUAAUUCUCUGUGAGAAACUAUCAGUUCCCUUAGUUCAAUAAUCUCAGCCGUAUUAUUGUAAAGUAACAAAAACCAAAGAGGUGUUAUUGCUUACAUGUAGGUAACAAGAUGACCAUGGUAAUGUAAAGAUUUUCAGAAAAGAGAGAUGUUUUCACCACGUUACCUAAUAGAUUAGACUGAAUUUUUUCUUCUGAGUAAAGGGGGAAAGUUUCUAAAGAAGCUGUGGUGUUGUGUCAGUGGGAGAGUAUAACAGGGUAAUUUAGUAUUAUCAACUGAGUUGAUAACAUAAAUUGGCCACUGUAAAGAGUUUCAAAGCUGACGUUUUAAGCAUUAGCCCUCCUUGAUAGCAAAUUGUUAUUCAUUUUUCAUUUGCUUUGACAAAGGGCUAACAUGCAAAACACAAACUUUAAAACUAUUUACAGUGGCCAAUUUAUGUUCUCAGUUCUCAGGUCAGUUGAUAAUACUUAAUUACCCUAUUAAUUUUUCUAGCUUUGCCUUUUAUUUUCAAAUGUCACCUGAGGUGGCAUUUACUAUCAGAACUAAUUUUAUAGCUUUGUCAUCUUGCAUCUUACUGUUGAGUUUUAUUACAGUACAUCGCUGUGAUUAUUGUAAUAUUUCCAUGUUUUAGUAACCUGAGUAAUUUUUUAUUGUUAAUUAUUUAUAUGAUGUCACCAAACAGUCAAGUCAUUGGAUUGCAAAAGAAUAAAGAUAAUUUGUACCAAUUUUUUUUAAAAGAAGGUAUCCAAAGUUAAGACUGUUGUUAAAUUAACCAGUCCAGAACUUAGGCAAAAUAAGUAUUUUGCUAGAUAUUAUUCAACACAAAAUGGCAAAAAAAAUGAAAUACCUUUGUUAGAUUUAGUUUCCUAAAUCCUGUAAGAAAAUUGGAUAAUAGUGCAAUGCCACAAGGUUUUUCUGUGUUUUACACUUUGUAAGAAACACAGUUUUAUGGUGUUCACCUUUAUUAAACUGAUAUGAUUGAAUUAAGGAAGACAGAUCUAUCCUGACCCUGUCAUACCCUGGUGAUGAUGAUUUCAUAAUUUAUAUGAUCUAUGUUUCAUCAGUCAGGAGUUCUGUGUGCCAUGUGCGAGACUGGGUUGGCUGUAUUGUGGCAACAUUCCUGAUCAUCUUUGGAAUCAGUUGUAUUUCAGUAAUCAGUGUGUACAAGGCAAAGGUCAAAAAUGAGGUAAAGAGAACUAAAGUUUAUUUGAUACAUGCCUUUCUACAACAAAUGUCAAUGAAAUCCUUUGGCAGGUUUGAUGAAUUCAAUUUUUAUAAAUAAUUCCUUUUUGAUUUUAGUAUGGCAUUGUACUGGAUGCAGGAUCAACACAUACCAAUAUGUUUGUUUACAAAUGGACAGUUGAUGAUGUUGUGAAAGGCACAGCACUUGUGGAGGAGAUUGGAGAGUGUGUUGUUAAGGAUAAAGGUAAAUAUGAAAGCACUUAUUACUGGAAACAAAAUGUUUUUUAAAUAAAUUCAAGAGUAGGAGAUUAAUAUGUAUUGUGCAUAUGUAUUGAAGCCCCUCACAUGAAAUGCCUACUAACUUAUAAAAAAAUUUAGGCAAUUUAGAGCAUUCAGACAAAUAGUUUUUUUUUUUAAGUAUACAUAGGAGAGCAUUGUCAGAUAAUCAAUGAAUGAUAUGCUCUGCUAUAUACUGAGUUCAUUGCUUUUCUACAGCUUGCUACUCUGAAAAGAAGUUAGUAUAAUAUGUUAAGUAUAGGAUUGCCAAGCUAGUAUUAUUGAUAAGAAUUAUUCUUUAUCCAGACUGUAGCUUUAACAGAUAUUAUCGCUUUAGCUCCCGUGAGUGACCAAGACAGAAUUUCUCUUUACAAUAUCAAUACAAUAUCAACCAGAUAAGUGAUGAGAAUAAAGAAAAAUAUGAAUUGAGGGAUAAUUAGUUGAUCCAAUACCAAGUUCUCUGAACUAACAUUAUAAGAAUUCUAUGGUUGACUGUAAGGAGAAUUAAAAAUUUGAUCUGGGAAUUAAAGGUUUAAAAGUCAUCGUUAAUGUGUACUCCUGUUGGUUGAAGUUCACUAUGAUUUCCUGCUCCCUUCUUUUGUAGAUAAUCAUGUGGCAGGAAUAUCAAGCUAUGUAUCAGAUCCAGCUGAGGCUGGACAGUCACUACAGGGUUGUAUAACAAACACAGCAAAGAAGUUGAUACCUUCCUACCUACGAAAAAGGUCACCAAUCUACCUUGGAGCUACUGCAGGCAUGAGGUUGCUUAAGUAAGGGCUCAAACAUUCUUUACAUGAUCAAUAGAUAAUAAAACAGGGGAAGCUUUAUUAAGUGACUCCAUAUCAAGUGGUCACUCCAUUUUAAGCAGUCAGUUUUCAAAGUCCUGCAAUUUUCUCCCCUUAAUUAUUGUCAGUAAUUUUUACCUAGAGCUAUUAACUCUUUAACUCACAGGAUCUGAUUGUAAUUCUCCCCUCUAGCUGUAACACACUUCCUUGUAAAUUAAUUGCAAGAAUUUGUUGUUAGAUCAAGAUCACAACUUCUACCUGAUACAUUUGAGUACUCUCAUUACCUGUUUGUUGGAUAGUGGAUGGAUAUUGCAGGUAGAAGUUACAUGUGAAUCACCUCUGGGAGUUAAAGGGUUAAGUGGUCACCUCUAUUAAGCCUUGGUGAUCACCCUUGACUUCAUCCCAAUGACCUGUUUUUAUUGUCUUCCACAUGUAAUGAACAUUCACGAAAUGCUGAACCACUCUAACAAAAUUAAGCAUAAUUUCUUACAUAAAAAAUUCAUUCUGUGUUUAUGACUCCUACUUUGUGGAACCUGUAUUUAGCAAUCAAAUUAUAUUGAGCAGUCACCCCAUCAUUUGCUGUGGGUGUCUGCUCAAUGAAGGUUUGACUGUAACUGACCCAGCUGUAUAUACUCACAGUUCUUAAAUAAUUUUUUCCAUUAACUAUUGCUUAGACUGUAAAUCUUAUUGUAUAACUCUGAGUUUUUGGCCCAAAAAAGAAAAAGGAUGUAGUACAAUUGUUGUAAUCCUCUUCCAACCUGUUUCACUCAUGGCUAUAUGUCUGAGAAGUUGAAGAGGAAAUUUAGGAAAAUAAGAAGCAUUAGCAAAUUGGGUGUUGUGGGUGUCAUCAUCAAUUGGAGGAAGUAAUUCAAACCAAGAAGUAGAUUUCAAAGUGGAUAUGUCCCAGUCUUUUUUCAAACACUUUAACCACUACAAACAGAGUACAAUGUACUCACACUGACUCAAAAACAUUAUGUACCUGCCACGUUUUCAGGGAGAUGAAUCCUGCAGCAGCAAGUAAUAUCCUUGCAUCUGUACGAAAAACAUUGAAGAGCUCACCCUUCAUGUUUGAAGAUGACUAUGCCCGUAUCAUCAGUGGUGAAGAAGAAGGACUAUCUUCCUGGGUUACUGUCAAUUACCUAAAUGGUAACUUUAAUACCUCACAGGUGUGUGGUGAAUAAUGAAGUUAAGAAUUUGCAUAUUACAGAGCUAGUUAGAUAUAUCUCUUUGUUAUUUGUAUUCACUUAAUAUGCAUCAAUAAUCAUCAUGAUUGUUAAUGAUUCAAUUGUAUCAAUUGUUAACUACAGUUAAUGCCAUAGCUAUUGGUGCUUAUCCCAGAUACAACUUCUUAGUGUCUUCAUGCGACUCACAUUGUCUCAAUGUCAGAAAAAGUUGUAUUGUUGUAUAUAUGUUGUAUUUCAAGUAGAGAGAAUAAGAUGGUAGAUAUCUUGGAAAACUGUUUCCUGCCUCCUUAAACUUUAGAUCAAGUUAGAUAAAGACAGCAAGCUAAAGCAGACUAUACACAAUGACCUGUUUGAAUUUGUUAUUCUCUUUACUGUCAACCAUGCAAUUCUUAUAAUGUUAGUUCAGAGAAUUUAGUAUUGGAUCAUCUAAUUAUACUCAAAUUGAUAUUUUUCUUUAUUCUCGUCACUUAUCUUUUUAAUAUUGUACAGAUAUUGUAAGGAGAAAUUCUGUCUAGGUCAAUCAUGGGAGUUAAAGGGUUAAGGGACUAAUUGUUAGACCACUGCUUUACCAAUCACAUCUGUAAUGAUGUAAAUUUAUUUGUAAAUUUAUUAUUCAAAAUGUUGUCCAUUACUCACAGGAAACAAUAGGAGCUUUGGACAUGGGAGGUGCAUCUACACAAAUAACAUUUACUUCCUCCAAAGCAGCUCAACAUUCUAGUAAAUUAAAAUUGUAUGGGACAAAGUAUCAGCUGUAUACACACAGCUACCUAUGUUAUGGCAAAAAAGAGGCAGAGAGAAGAUUUUAUGCACAACUUGUUAAAGUAAGUACAGUUAAAGUGAGAUUAAGUUCCAAGGGGUUACUCCUAUCUGCAGCUAUAAGCGAGACAAAGGGUUUUCUCAUGUUUUGAGGAAAACAUUUCCUUGAGAUUUUUUUCCUAGAUAAAGAAUAUAUAAAUUUUUUUACCCAGGUAGGGUAGGGCUCCAACUUAAAUCUGAAGGGGCUCUAUCAUAGACUUAAAACAGGUUCCUAAGGGUCCCAUCAGCACCCACCCACCCACCCACCCACCCAAAGAUUUGUAGAGUUUCCUCAGUUGGAAAAAUUUCCCUCACCUUCGGUGGUAAUGUAUUUGAUUUGCAGUUACCAUUUCCAAAUGCCUCAUGUUUCCUCAUUUUUGUCGAAAGGAAUCUAACUCAACUGCAAAAGUUUACAACCCAUGUGGACCCAAAGGCUACAUGCAGAACAUAACAUCCACGUAUCUGAGGAGUUCUCCUUGUGUGAAAGGACUUACCUCCAACCAGACUACAUUUACUCUGAUGGGAACUGGGAACUACUCCCUUUGUUCCAAAGAAGUCAGUAAACUUUUCAACUUUACAUCAUGUCAGGGCAACAGCAGCUGUUCAUUUGAUAGUGUUUAUCAACCAACCACGGAUGGAAAACAAUUUUUUGUAAGUAAAAUAUUCACUUAAACUCCAAUGCAAACAGCCUUUACUUUCCCCAAAAAUCGUUGAAGAAGGAGCAUUAAAAAUGGGUAAAAAUUGUCAACUAUUUCCACUUUUUUACUGCAUGCGAACUAACACACUAACAAAGGAAGUUUGGGAGUGCUUACCAUUGAAUAUUUAUUGGUUAUUUAUUUUGCUAACUAAUGGAGACCAGACAUUUCUUUGCUCCUCUGAGAUUUCUUGCGCUGGGCGCUGCGUAUGGUGUUUUCUUUAUGGAUCGUACAAUGUUGUCACUCUUCGUACGUUACUGAUUGUGAGGCUAAUAUAUAUGCAUUAUUGACCUAGCAUGAGGUUAAUAAUGCAUAUUGACCUCAUGCAUAAUGCGUUUUUAUGGCUGGACAGGCGUGAUCAUAUAAGGAUGUAUUUCAUAACGUUCAAGGCACUCGUGGUUUUAUUUGCUGGACUCCCUUUUUGAAAUAACUUAGGAUGCUCCAUUUUGCGUCUCUGUCCGGGUAGCCAAACACGGUCUUACAUUCAUCUUGCUAGCUCGAGAAGCUAAUCAGAAAACGGAACCGCUUCAUAUUGCUUGCUUGGGUAGCCCAUGCAGAUGUGGUGUAUACUUCUUCUUGCCGGCUCGGGUAGCCAUUAAGAACACGGUAUUCGCGUCAUCUUGUGGGCUUGGUUAGCCAUUGCGGACGCGGUGUACCCUUUAUCUUGCUGUCUUGAGUGGCCAAUCAGGACGAGGUAUUCCUUUCGUCUUUCUGUUUCGGGUAGCCAAUCAGAACACGCUAUUCGAUUCACCUUGCCCGCUUCCAAAGUGAGCCACAUAAUGAAAAAAUGUUGUAAUUCUUACUGUAGAGGAAAGUCCUCAUUGCGUGUCCUAUUUAUGAAAGUAAUCAUUAGCGUGUGAGCGACUUAAGUUCAAGUUGAACAAUAACGAUUAUGUUUGUUUUGAUAUUGGUAAACACUUACCUUUUCAGUAUUUUGAAUUAAAUGCCCCGGAUAAGUUAUUUUCCUGAUAAUUUUUUAGGCAUUCUCUGGUUAUUACACUGUUACUAAAGAUCUCAAUCUCACAAGCAACGCGUCACUUGAUCAGCUACAAGCCGCCGCAAAGAAUGUCUGUGGGAAAUCUUGGGAUGAGGUAGGUCUUUUCAUGUUUCACUUUACAGCACUGUGGUAUAUAAACGUUUAAGAAAAACAUUUUCAGAGGAGCAGGCACCUCUACAGCAGACAGGAAUUGGGAGAUCUGACAGCAACAGAUAGGGCAGAAGAUCGGUUUUUGAGCGAGUGUUCAAGAGACUGCAUUCCUGUUCCUUCACUGCUCUCUAUCAUUGUCAUCAGUUCCAAAAAAAAAAAUUUCUUUUUGAUUUAUCAGAUACAUAUUUUCACCUAUCUGCGACUUGGUCCUGUGCAUUUUCUCGCGCUUGGAAUCAGUUAUAUAUGUUCCCACGGCUGAGUUCUCGUGGCCCUCCAUAGGUCAUUAUAAUAUUCUCCUUUGCUGUGUAUUUCCGUUUCUAUAACUCAGCAUGGUCUUAGUUUUACGACACGAAAUCAAAAAACGUUCUAUGUUGCUAAAAUAAGAAAGCGAUAGGACGUCAGACCAUAUCACGAGGUGGUCGAGACCAAAACGCAAACGCUACCGUUGGUACUUUUGUAGCAUUCUUUUAGCAGAUCAUCGGCCAUUCGUUAUGGUGUUAUAAAAAGUUUUAUAACAAGAUGGACCUUUAUCAAAAGUGCUUAUGUGAUAUCUAAAUGCAAAGAACAUCAAGAAUGUUUAGAGCCGUACAUGGAGAGAAGUGACCGCCCUAUUGACUGUCUGACCAACCGUUGGGCUGACUGACAGACUCACUGACCCACUUACCAACGGACCAUGCCGGUUGAUCAUCUCUUCAGACAAACUACUGAUGAACCAACUAUCUAAAAACAUAACCCUGUUACACACUGUAAAAUAAGAUACUUCUCUUUUUUCUGUAGAUUAAAACUAUCCCCACUAAGUAUCCACAGUUCUUGCCGUUUUACUGCUUCGAUGCACAGUAUGUCUACACGAUACUUUCACGUGGAUACCACUUUGAGAAUUCAACAGCCAAAUUGCAAUUUGUCGGCACGGUGAGUAAGAGAAUUAUUUUUUCACCUUUUAAAUUAGUUCGUAUACCUUUUAGAAGAGGUUUUCGUCCUUAUUGCACACAUCCCUCUGAUCUUGUCUUUGGCGUUGUAGUGGUCAUUUGGUGGUGCAAAUUUGAAUUAGAAAUGUUAGGGAAAAACUUCACCCCCACCCCCCUGACUGGGGGGGUGGGGAUUAAUUUCCCCUCAUAGCUACUUUACCCCCUUUUGUCAUGCAAGACAAUCAUAAAGUUCCUGGUCGUUCUAGUUUAUUUUCAUAGGGGAGAACCCCUCCUUCCCUGCCCUCUGUCUUAAGCUGAAACCCCGAGAUAGGAUUUCUCGUAUCGGUUAGUCAGCUUUAUUUCCCCAAUUUCAUUGAAUGUUUUUUUCUUACAGGUUAACCGUCUUUCCCUCGGCUGGGCUCUCGGUUUUAUGAUCAACGCCACAAAUUUAUUACCAAUCGAAAAGCCUGCCCUCGUCUCAAUUCACCUGUUCCACAGUGGUGUUUUCGUAAUAGUGGUAAUUGUUGGUGCUUUACUUCUCAGUACUGGGGUCCUUAUAUGCAUAAUGUCCGCCGGGAGGAUUUACAAACAAAGGCAAUCAAACGUGCAGGGACUGGUGCUGUGAUCAAGAUCAGUGGUUACUAUGCCCUGAUUUCUGGGUCGCGCGCUGCCUUGACAAAGUCAUGUGACCAGUAAUGGCGAAUUAGGAAAAAAAUGAAGAAGAUAUUAAAUAUUAAGAAAUUGCAUACUACCACAGAAUUGCUUUUAUUAGACGAUAUUAUUUUGAUAAGAGCGCAUUGCAAAGAGACAGUGUUAACCAGGUGUGCGACUGGAUGUUUUGAAAAGCGAUUGUAGCCUUUUUCGAAUUCAAGGUGAAUUUUUUUCUUUAGAAUAUGUAUGUAGAAAAAUAAGCAUAGGGUUUGACCUCAAUGACGACCGAUCAGGGCUGUCCAGGCUCAACGUUUAAGUAGUUUAUCAUAUACUUAAAGCAGGAAAUAACAGCUGGUUAUUGUUUGAUUCUGGCCAUUCUAAGAUCCAAUUGUAAGUAAUCUUAUCUGAGUAGUUACCUACUCAGCCUCACUCACUUGUCGAACUUUUUCAACUGUCAAUUACUGUAUCGAUUUGUAGUGGUUUCUCAAAGUUCUUAGCCGUACCCUUCCCCACCCCCACCCCACCAUUUCCCGCUAUAUUGAGCUCACCGUCAAUGAAGAAAAAAUAAAGCCCCACUCAACUUGUAGAUGUGGAUGCGCCAGUAUUUGAGAUUUGCAAAGCAAGCAAAGAAUGGUUGAUUCAUACGUGAAGUCUUUUCUUGGAAGGUUUGUUUGGAAAUUGUAUUGAGAGAAAGAAGUGCAAAUUCGAAUCUCAAUUACACCCAUUCAGGGCUCUUGGUUAUAAAAAUUUCGGUGAGUCCUGUUUUAUCUUAGCUCUCCUAAGAUUCAAAGGUUACUCUCCUCCGAUCUCCAAACAUGGAUUCCAAAUAUUACUUCGUAUAAUUUGGUGUUAAUUCAAGAUAACGGUACCUUAAUGAUUUUUUUAUCCCGAUCCUACUGAGGCUAAUUAAUUUCUCCCGUGAUUCAAAAGGGUUGAACUAACUGGUAAGGACGGGUAGGAAAUAACUGAGACAAUUUUAACUUAAGAUCCCUCUAUUUUAUUAUAGUAUCACAGAUAACUUAUACUUACUUAGUUUUACUUAUUUACUUAUACUACGUGCGAACAUGCCUAAUUACAUCAAGGUUACAAUUUAUUUUUUUAUGAAAUAGCUACCUACUCCUGAAAUUUUUAUAGAAACUCAACUUUUGUAAUAACUUACACUAAAACUCAACAUUAAAGACUAUUUUGAAUCCAC